UCUCUCUACAAGUGGACAUUGUUCCAAGCCAGGGGGAGAUCAGCGUUGGAGAAUCUAAGUUCUUCUUAUGUCAAGUGGCAGGGGAGGCCAAAUACAAAGACAUUUCCUGGUUUUCCCCUAACGGUGAGAAGCUGACGCCGAACCAACAGCGCAUCUCAGUGGUGCGAAAUGAUGACUUCUCCUCCACCCUCACCAUCUACAACGCCAACAUUGAUGAUGCUGGCAUCUACAAAUGUGUUGUCAGUAGCGUGGAGCAGGGAGACUCCGAGGCCACCGUCAAUGUGAAAAUUUUCCAAAAGCUGAUGUUCAAGAAUGCUCCCACUCCUCAGGAAUUCAAGGAAGGGGAUGAUGCUGUGAUUGUGUGUGAUGUGGUCAGCUCACUGCCUCCUACCAUCAUCUGGAAGCACAAAGGCAGGGAUGUUAUCCUAAAAAAAGAUGUUCGAUUUAUAGUCCUGUCCAACAACUACCUGCAGAUCCGGGGAAUCAAGAAAACAGACGAAGGGACAUACCGCUGUGAGGGCCGGAUCUUGGCUCGUGGGGAGAUCAACUUCAAAGAUAUUCAAGUCAUUGUAAACGUACCUCCUUCUGUGCGCGCCAGGCAGAGCACUAUGAAUGCCACUGCCAACCUCAGCCAGUCUGUCACCUUAGCAUGUGAUGCUGAUGGCUUUCCUGAGCCAACUAUGACGUGGACAAAGGAUGGAGACCCAAUAGAACAGGCUGAUGAUGAAGAGAAAUACAGUUUUAACUACGACGGCUCUGAGCUCAUCAUCAAGAAGGUGGAUAAGAGUGACGAAGCAGAGUACAUCUGCAUUGCUGAGAACAAGGCUGGCGAGCAGGAUGCCACCAUUCAUCUCAAAGUCUUUGCAAAACCCAAAAUAACCUAUGUGGAGAAUAAAACAGCCAUGGAGCUGGAGGAUCAGAUUACACUGACCUGUGAGGCAUCUGGAGACCCAAUCCCUUCCAUCACUUGGAGAACUUCCACCCGGAACAUCAGCAAUGAAGAGAAGACCCUGGAUGGGCGCAUCAUAGUACGCAGCCAUGCCCGGGUGUCAUCCCUGACUCUGAAAGAAAUUCAGUACACAGAUGCCGGAGAAUAUGUAUGCAUAGCCAGCAACACCAUUGGGCAGGACUCCCAAGCCAUGUACCUUGAAGUGCAGUAUGCCCCCAAGCUUCAGGGCCCUGUGGCUGUCUACACCUGGGAAGGGAAUCAAGUGAACAUCACCUGUGAGGUAUUUGCUUACCCCAGUGCUGUCAUCUCCUGGUUCCGGGAUGGACAGCUGCUUCCCAGCUCAAACUACAGCAACAUCAAGAUCUACAACACUCCAUCAGCAAGCUACCUGGAGGUGACACCAGACUCUGAAAAUGACUUUGGGAACUAUAACUGCACUGCUGUGAACCGCAUUGGCCAGGAGUCCUCAGAGUUCAUUCUUGUGCAGGCAGAUACUCCGUCCUCUCCUUCCAUUGACAGAGUGGAGCCCUAUUCCAGUACUGCCCAGGUGGAGUUUGAUGAGCCUGAAGCUACUGGUGGGGUGCCCAUCCUCAAGUACAAAGCAGAGUGGAGGGCUCUUGGUGAGGGAGAAUGGCAUUCGAGGUUGUAUGAUGCAAAAGAAGCAAAUGUGGAGGGCAUGAUCACUAUCACUGGUCUAAAACCUGAAACAACCUACUCUGUGAGACUGUCUGCGGUCAAUGGCAAGGGUGUGGGUGAGAUUAGCCUGCCAUCCGACUUCAAGACGCAACCAGUUCGCAUCCCUCACUCACCAAGUAGUGCUGCACCCACCUCCCGUAUAGCACAGACAACUUGGCCUCUUGCUGAAUCUGAAAGCUCAGAGUCACAAA